AUGGCUGGCUUUUUUCGCCUGCCCAUCGAGAUUCGCGACAUGAUUUACCGAGAUUAUGUGGCUGUCGAAGGUGGCUAUGUUUGCGAUACCGACGCCUUCAUCAAAGGCAAGCUGAAGCAAGCCGACGGCCAGCCCAUCUGCAUAGCGCUCAUCUCCACCUGCAAACGCAUGGCCAAGGAGAUGCACGGCCUUGCGCUGCGCGUAAACCCUAUUACCUUCUCGACCCUCUGCGGCGAUCCUGACCUACGGUAUCUCGCCCAACGUUUUGACCGCCUUGUGUACGAGGUCAUGUAUCACCGGCGGGAAACUCUUAAUUCCAUAACAAUGUUGGUUUCCAAGGAGAGAUACACCAAAGUUCAAGCUUUGCAUCCACACUUCUCUAUGCUAUUGGACCGCUUACACAGGGGGGGCCGUAUACCGUCAUUCACCAUGGGCGGACCAUACGGGGAACCGGCGUCUGCUGUCAGACAAUUCUUGAAAGACAUGAUGGAGGUGACUGCAUCGAGCGGCCUACAUCAUUUUGAAACGUAUGAACCAUGUUUUCGUCGUUUUGAGGGCUUCGGCGGCCUGGAAAGGCUCGCUUCAACGCUCACUUCAUAUGAGGCUAGCCUCGAGCCCUGGAAUAUUAUUUCGCCUGACGAAAUGGACGAGCUCAGCAUCUUCGCCUACGGCUUCACUGGUUUGCCCCCGAUAUUUCCACGCCCUGUGAAGAAGGAAGCAGACCGUUCGGAACGGCGCUUCUCUGCAGCAGCAUCGGCGAUCCACUUCCUCAAAUCUCUCCCUAGCACUGUUCGUUGUCACCUACGCAAGCUUGUUCUCCUUGAGAACAAGCAAGCUGUCCCAUUUCAGGAAUGUCAUGGUCUCGGGCUCAUUCCGUUCUGCAAGGAGAAUCCCCUCCUUCGCAUCGAGCGACGGGUGAGCCUCUGGAACAACGCUUUUCAUGAAUUUCGGAGUUCAACGUUCCCAAUUCAAACGCCGCAGCACCAGUAUGAACGGCUCGUCAGACAAGACAAAAACUCCCUCGACUCCUCCCUGAUUACUGCUAGUGUUGCCCCCUGGAUCAUGGAAGCUUUGGCACUUGCCCCGGCGGGCAUGCCUGCAUCAUCCUUUUCUCUGCUUCUGGACGGCAACCCCCUUCCACAGCUUUGCACCCGUAUAUUUCAGUCGGUCGUCCAACGGGAUCUCUGUUGGCAAUCGGCAAUGUCGGAAGUCAUCGAAAAGGGUGGGUUUCCAGACUAUGGCACCAAGCGUCAAUUUCAUCCAGCAGAGGACAAGGGCGAAUUCGCCUGGAAGGGGCUGCCGCAAGCAAUGAAGGACAUUUCAUCCGGCAACUCGAUUGUGCGCUUCAAUUUCGACAUUGGCGAACCACCGUUGGACCCGACGAGACUCGUUUUCGAGCACCGAAACUGGACCUGGGGCACGUGGAUAGAGAAAUGGUACGAGCGCGACAUAAUGUGUUGGGAGACCGAACCGCCACUGCCAAGCUGGAGGGAUAUCUUGAAAGAAAACGUCCACGACGAUCCAGUGGAGGAAAUCGAGGAUAAUGGAAGCCAAACCUGGUCUGACUAUGAAGAGGAGUUGGCCGAACUGGGAUUCCUCGGUUAA